CUGUCCUGCAUCGGCUACUGUGUAGGCCUGGGGAACGUCUGGCGUUUCCCCUAUCGAGCCUACACCAACGGAGGAGGCUUCCUCCUUACAGGUGGGUCGGGGGUGGCCACAGACAACUCUGGAAUGACUUGCUUCCCGGCACUGCUCUCUCUGAAUGAAUCUAUAUAGAAUUGCAGGGAAGGUAUCUAAUUGGCCUGCCUCGGGAUGUGUGCCCAGGAAGGGGUGGGCAGGGGUUGGCUGGUGUGACUGGCAGCACUUCCAGAGCCAUAUGGUGGUGGGCAGUCCUGUAAAGGAGCUGGCUGCUGAUAUGAGAAGAAAAGGGGAAGGGAUGCUGGGCACACGAGACCAUAGGAGGCAGCCACAAGCAUCUGAGGUGGCGCUGGGGAGAGGCGAGGGGCAGCAGACUGGAGCCAUGUUCUGCAGGGCAUUGAUUUCUGUACUGAGGGGUUUGUACUUUCUCUGGCAGGGAAUGCACUUAUUCAUUCACUCAUUUGUUCAUUCAUUCACUCAAUGUCUGCUCUGAGCCCAGUCCUGGCCUGGGCGCUGGGGCUACAGAGGCGCCUUCCUUGUGCCCUACUUCCUCAUGCUGGCCAUCUGCGGCAUCCCCCUCUUCUUCCUUGAGCUCUCUCUGGGCCAGUUCUCCAGCCUGGGACCCCUGGCUGUCUGGAAAAUCAGCCCCCUCUUCAAAGGUGCCGGCGCAGCCAUGCUGCUCAUCGUGGGCCUGGUGGCCAUCUACUACAACAUGAUCAUCGCCUACGUCCUCUUCUACCUCUUCGCCUCCCUCACCAGCAACCUGCCCUGGGAGCACUGUGGCAACUGGUGGAACACGGACCUCUGCCUCGAGCACAGAGGCUCCAAGGACGGCAACGGGGCCCUGCCCCUCAACCUCACCAGCACCGUCAGCCCCAGCGAGGAGUACUGGAGCCGCUACGUUCUCCACAUCCAAGGCAGCCGGGGCAUCGGAAGUCCUGGGCAGAUCCGCUGGAACCUCUGCCUUUGCCUGCUGCUUGCCUGGGUCAUCGUGUUCCUCUGUAUCCUCAAGGGUGUGAAGUCCUCGGGCAAGGUGGUGUAUUUCACGGCCACGUUCCCCUACCUCAUCCUGCUCAUGCUGCUGGUCCGUGGAGUCACCCUCCCAGGGGCCUGGAAGGGCAUCCAGUUCUAUCUCACCCCUCAGUUCCACCACCUGUUGUCUUCCAAGGUGUGGAUCGAAGCUGCUCUUCAGAUCUUCUACUCCCUGGGUGUGGGCUUCGGGGGGCUCCUCACCUUUGCGUCCUACAACACGUUUCACCAGAACAUCUAUAGAGACACCUUCAUCGUCACCCUGGGCAACGCCAUCACCAGCAUCCUGGCUGGCUUUGCCAUCUUCUCCGUGCUGGGCUACAUGUCUCAGGAGCUGGGUGUGCCUGUGGACCAAGUAGCCAAAGCAGGCCCUGGCCUGGCCUUUGUCGUCUAUCCACAGGCCAUGACCAUGCUGCCUCUAUCGCCCUUCUGGUCCUUCCUCUUCUUCUUCAUGCUGCUGACUCUUGGCUUGGACAGCCAGUUUGCCUUCCUGGAGACCAUUGUGACAGCUGUUACAGAUGAGUUCCCGUAUUACCUGCGGCCCAAGAAGGCUGUGUUCUCAGGGCUCAUCUGCGUGGCCAUGUACCUGAUGGGGCUGGUCCUCACCACGGAUGGGGGCAUGUACUGGCUGGUCCUUCUGGACGACUACAGCGCCAGCUUCGGGCUAAUGGUGGUGGUGAUCACCACGUGCCUCGCUGUCACCCGGGUGUAUGGCAUCCAGAGGUUCUGCCGGGAUAUCCACAUGAUGCUGGGCUUCAAGCCGGGCCUCUACUUCAGGGCCUGCUGGCUGUUCCUGUCCCCGGCCACGCUCCUGGCCCUGCUGGUGUAUAGCAUCGUCAAGUACCAGCCCUCAGAAUAUGGCAGCUACCGCUUCCCAGCCUGGGCGGAGCUGCUGGGCAUCCUGAUGGGCCUGCUGUCCUGCCUCAUGAUCCCAGCCGGCAUGCUGGUGGCUGUGCUUCGAGAGGAGGGCUCGCUCUGGGAGGUGAGUCUGCCCCACCCCUGCCUGCUCCCAGCCCCCCAACCUGUGGCCCUGCCCUGGGCCCAACCUCUAGAACAGAAAACACGUCUGCUCCAAUACCUUUUCCAGGGCCUGCAGGAUUCUUUUAACUGGGAAGAGCAUUUUUUUCUAACCAGUAGCCUGGGCUAUGAAUCAGCUCAGAUCUGCUUGGUCUGUGGCAGGCUCUGGGGCCGGAGUCCUGUCCUGUGGCCCCUCCCACCACCCGGGGCCCCUGGCAAGGGAGGGGCACAAUCCAAAGACCAUGGAUACUGGCCAGUGCCCACGUGUCUUGGGGGAACCUGAAAGGACAAGGGACUUAUCCAAGGUCCCAUGGUGAGUUGGGCAGGGGUCAGGACGUGAACUCGGGUCGCUAGCUUCCCUGUGGAACUCAGGGUCAGAAGCAACACUGAAGGACCCCAGGCGUGGGCUGUCACCCUCCUCCGGUGACAGGGAGCCCUGCCCACGGCCAGGGUUUUGUGGAGAGACCCAGAAAGCAUACAGAGUGCAAGCUGUUUGGUGUGGGAUUCUGCAGGCUCGGAGCGGGGGAAUGGGGACCCUUUGUGGGUCAGUGGACAUGCUGGGAUGCUGUGCAGCUGCUGGAGAUCCACCCCCUCUCUGAGCCUCAAGUGCCCUCUGUACACUGAGCCCUCCAUUUCUUCUUUUUUUUAAAAAUUUUUUAAUUUAAUGUAUUUUUUUAUAGAGCAGGUUUUAAUUAUUUAUCUAUUUUAUACAUAUUAGUAUAUAUAUGUCAAUCCCAAUCUCCCAAUUCAUCCCACCACCACCCCCCCACACUUUCCCCCCUUGGUGUCCAUACGUUUGUUCUCUACAUCUGUGUCUGGGCCCUCCACUUCUGAGGCCGUGGGUGUGGAGUCCUCUGGUGGCAAGAGGCUGUCAUAGUGAGCGGAGCUGAGUGAGCCUGCUAGGGCCCAGAGACCGCCUUGGGACACACACACACACCAUCAGAGGUGUGCUGGAGCCCCUAGUACUGCUCCAUGAGAGCUAAUUGUUAAAUAUUCAGGAAUACCGGGACCCAGUUGUUAAACCAUUGAGAGCUUGAAAUUGACAAGGGUGGGGAUAAUUACAACAGUGAGAUUGGCUACAAAUCAGGGCUCCUGUGCCCCUCCACCCAUCCCCAGCCUGCUAACCAGCUCACUACUGCCCAGCCCCCUACCUCAUACACCUCCACUGUUCCUUGGCUGUCCCUUGCCCCACCUUCCAGCUUCUGGAGGGAGGCUCAGAGCCCUUCCCUGGCAGAAGUGCGCUGUGGUCACACUGCGCAGAUCACAGGGGAGUCCUGGAGUCCAGCCACUGCUCUGCCUCCAACUGCUGUACGACUUGAGGCAAACCCCUUUCCUUUUCUGAACCUCAGGAGCCCCACCUGUGCUGCUAAAGGAAACUUGUCUCCUUGUUGAGAGCCAGGGUGUCUGCGAAGGGAAGGAGGAGGGCUCCAGCUCCCAGGAAGCUCAUGGUUCCCAAGCCUUGCUUUGCCUCCCUCCUGUCCUGCUGCCACCGCUGCCCACAGCCAGGCGGAGGGGACAGGUUGUUGGGGGAUCGGUGAGCCCCACAGAGAAGUCAUUGCCCCACUCAGGGGUGCCACCUUCAGAGACCAAGCUUCCCAGCACUGACACACUAGGAUCGGAAUCCUGGGUCUGCCACUUGCCAGCUUUGUGACCCUAAGCAAGUGAACGCACCUCUCUGAACCUUGCUUUCUCAGUCCUUAAAAUGAGGACGGUGAUCCUUACCUGUCAGGGGAGAUACCGUGAUCACAAAGGUGGUUCUGCAGUGCGCGGCUCAUCCAUUGCACUCUGAUGUGCUGAUCCCUGCGAUUUCCCCAAACGUGGGAAACCCGACUGCAGAAUUUGUAGUAGUGGGGGACUGCGUUUGUGCUUUCCCCUAAAGAAAAAAAAAAAGAAAAAAAAUGAGUACAGUGAUAACUGCCCGUAUGGUUGCUGUGAGAAGAAAAAAAGCUCAUCAACGAAGUCAGUACUGUGACAGGCAGAAAAGCAGGGUAUUUUUAAAGUUCAGGAUGGGGUCAAGACUGCCUGGAUUCAAAUGCCACACCACCGCUUCCCACCGGUGUGACCUUGGCCAACUUAACUAAUGUCUCUGAGCCGUACUUUCAGACAGCAUCUGUGUGUGGGGCGGUGGAGGUAAUAAUAAUACCCCUCUCAUAGGGAUAGUGCAAGGAUUAAAUAAGCCCAUACUCAGCACAGAGCUGGGACCCGGUGAGUGCUCAGUUCUAAGCUGGAGGGUUCUCACCUCAAAAUCAGGGGUGAUUUUGCCCUCAGGGCACCCUUGGCAAUGUCUGGAGACAUUUUUGAUUGUCCUGAGAGGGUGGGGUUGGAGGGGGAAUGCUACUGGCAUCUAGAGGUCAGGGAUCCUGCUACACAGGGUUCAAUGGGCAGAACACCUCCUAGGCCACAAUGUCAGUGGUGCUCUCAGGUUGAGAAACCUUGGUCUAGGCACUAGUGUGCAGCUGUAAACAAAUCUAAGUCCUUAAAUUCAGGGAGCUUGUAUUUUAAUGCGGGAGACGGACAAUAAACAAACAAACACAUGAAGGCAGUGGUAAGUGCAAUACUUAAAAACAAAACAAAACCUAACAAAACCAGAGUACAGGAAUAGAGAGUGAUGGAGGACGGUGUUCUGGCCAGGGUGACCAGGGGAGACCUCUCUGAGGAGGUGACAGAGACCUGACGAAAUCGCCAAGGUGAUUGGUUUAGAUGUCUAAGCGGAGAGCAUUCCAGGCAGAAGGACAGUCAGUGCAAAGGCCCUGAGGCAGGAGGGACUGGCACAUUUGAGGUCAGCGAGACUGGAUCAGAGGGGGUGGAGAGAGAGUGGAGGGAGCCAAGAUCACGAAGGUAGACAGGGGUCAGGACAUGGCGACCAUGUGAGCACUUUGGAUUUCAUUCCAAGUGAGAUGACAAGCCUUUGGCAGGUUCCUGAGUGGUGGGAUAACAUUGCUGUCUAUACACUUUAAUGGGCAUCACUGUGCUUUGAGUAUAGAGCUGUGCUAGGCCCCACGCUAAGGGCGUGGCACACAUCAUCUCCCUUGGAAUCUACACCCAGUAGGCUCCACUUAAUGUUGGUUGUCUCCCUUCAUUGAAGAGUUUGGGGCUCUUCUCCCUGGCAGGGCAGGCAGAGGGCUUGGGGAAUUUGGUCUGAGGAAGACAGAACCUUAGAAUGUCCAGGCUUAGUCAUCACCUUAGCUCCCUCCUUCCAUGGAAACUGGAGCUUGGAGAGGGAAAGGUCAGACAUUUGAGUCAGACCCACCAUGGCCACUCUGUCUCCAUCUUCCCAGUGCAUGGCUCUCUCCCCAAAGCUCCCAGCUCUUCAGGACUCAGCAUUUAGGGGAGGGACCCAGAGUGGACUCCUGGACUGCCUGCCAUGUAACCAUAACAACAGCCACCAUUUACUGGGCCUUACUCUGUUCCCAGCACCCUGCUGAGUGCUUCGCCCCAGUGCCUUCCUAACCACCCUUUGAAGGCAUCAUGAUUCCCAAGUUACAGAUGCUGGAAGCAGAGCUUAAAUUCCGUGCCCAAAGGCCACCCAACUUGUGAGUGGCAGUGCAGAAUUCUCCCCAGGCAUGUGACUCACUCCCUUGGGGAAGUGACAGUGCCCCCGCCCUUUCCCCGGGUUGUUGCACAGACUAAUCCAGGUGACGCGGUAAAUGUUUUGCCGGUGACCCUGGAAGCAGUCCCUGAGCCCUGGUUCUCAGCCCUGUGGUUGCUCUGCUGCAGCGGCUCCAGCAGGCCAGCCGGCCAGCCCUAGAUUGGGGCCCGUCGCUGGAGGAGAACCGGACAGGCAUGUACGUGGCCACGCUGGCCGGGAGC